AUGCCUCAACCUUUAACCUCCUCAUUCCUACUUUUCUUAUCCUUGAGCUCAACCUCGAAAUGCCUAACAACUCCUCCAGAACCAGUGGCAGAUCUACCUCCAGUCUAUUCAACUACUUCAUUCACUCCACCGGUUCAACAACACCUUAGUACCAAUUCAAAUUCUUCAUCAAUAAUGAUGCCAAUGUUAUCCGAAACUAGUCAUCAAUUUAUAGAUGAUGCUGAUCAAGAUCCCUGUCGACCUCGUACUCUUAGUCCUGAGCUUUGGUCAGAAUUAGGUUUAAAUCGAUAUUUGCUCAAUUAUCCUGGUGGACGAGAAAUUUGCUUAGAGCAACUCGCCAUCAAAUCUAGAUUACUAAAUUUCGAUUGUGGGAUUGAUAAGAUGUGUUACGCCGGACAACUCUGCUCACCGGUCAGAGGUAAAGAUUGGUAUUUACUUGUAGCAGCACAGGAAUGGAACUCUUUUAUGAAUAUCAUUUAUAGAGCUAUUGGAUUCGCAAUGACUAUGAUGCAAGGUAUUAUACCCUCAAUGAUUUCAGACUUCUUUCCAGAUGAAAAUGAUGAUUGGGCAAUCGCAAAAGCAUACCUAACAUUAUUUUCUAAUAUUGCGAAAGUUCAUCCUACUGAAGGUCAUAUCUCACUCACAAAAUGGUGGAUGCAAUUGAUUCAAGGACAAGUAGGAUUCUCAGCUGGUGUUGCAAAUGUGAUGGAUUAUAGUAUCGUACCAGAUCCUACAAACCAACAUGAUAAGUGGACUUAUUUCAUUUAUCAAUUAUCAAAAAAUCAAGACUUAAUCCAAAGUCAAUUAACCAAAAGUUCAGAAGAAAUCGUUAGUUCAGGUAUCAGUACAGAAGAAGGAAUUUAUGGAGCAUUAAAAGAUGGAGCAUUUUUAAUUGAUCAUGUUCAUUAUCGAAAUUUUAUUGAUUUUGCUGCAAAUGAACAAAAUGAAAUGAAACUUUCAAUCGAAUUACAUCUACUCUCAAGUAUUUGGGAAAAACAGAAAUUCUUUAUCACUCGUGGAAGUCACACUUGUGAUCAAUCAGGACCUAAUGGAGCAUUUGAUCUAGAAGAUGAACUAUCAUACUGUGGUCCAGACAACAUCAUGAUGAAUAUAGUAAGAGUUGGAAGUUCAGAUAGAUUAGUUAAAAAGAUUCAUAAUGGAAGAUUAGUAUUAGAAAAAUAUAAUUUUACUACUGGAUUCUUAACUGAAAGAGCAUGGAAAUGUCAAGAAGAGAAUCAUGAAUUUGAAUUUGAUGUUUGGAAUUCAUCUAGACCAAUAAGAUUAGACGCAAAAUGUAGUUUCAAUUUACCAGUUUGUGAUCUGACAAGACCAGAGAUCUAA